CGGCGUCGCUCUUCCACUGCAGCAGGGCUGUCCGCGAACACAUGGUGCAUUCAAUGCUUCAACGUGUCCCGUCUGAAAGAGAUGAAAGAAGGUCCUGGUUUUUCGCCUCUCCCCUUUCAAUAUGCUAGAGAUAGAUCGAAAUGCGUAGUUGCUUUUUUUGGUAGACUGAUCGUCUGGUGUGGUCUUUUGGGGGCCCCGAAGAUUUACACUUGGAGAAGACAAUCCUCCCGUUCUUGUUCCACCAAACCAUUAGGGGGCCGGGGGAAAGUUAACUGACUAUACGAGAACGAGAUUCCCAUGAUCACGGUCAGUCGGUUGCUGGUUCCCACAGCAAUACAAGCACCACCAUCGACUCCACCUCCACCACUGCCACCACCUGCACAUACCGGUGCGAGGCUGCUCCAUAAUCUGGACCUGCUUCCCGCUGGCAUUGUGUCAUCAGGACGGAUUCGGGGGUUUCCAGCUGCAGUUCGCAAUCACGCCUCACCGGAUGGGGCAGAUCCUCCACGCAAGCCAGUCGAUAGCUGUCAAGCCCCUGGGAGAAGCAGAGGGGAGGGGGGAGGGGAGGACCAUCCAUUGCAUUCUGGACGGGUCUGGGGAAUCACCCACACCGGCCGGUCGCCAACCGAAAGGUGUGCCCAGCAGGAUCUAGUGGUGAGCGACGAGGAUCAUCCGUCCGGCGACCUUUCCCAGGGUGCACCAUCUAUGCGUAGGACUAGGGAAGCUGGGGCUGUUCUACUGGGAAGGACGACGAAAAUCAGAAUGCAAAUGUGCACUGUCUUGGCGUUCCUCGACCCCCCCGCAUCCAUGUUAGAGUUUAAAAAAAGCGCAGCCCGGGACGGGGUGGAUGGAUGCCCUACUGACCCUUAUGUAAUAGUCGAACUGCCGGAGGCAUUGAUCACAAAGUUUGCCUAGUUUGGAUGCCCUCUUGAUGGGGUCCACUUCCAUGCCUCCAAUCACUCCCCGACCGAUGAGGAGAAGAGAAUGAACCAGAGAUGAG